CGUCCGACUGUAGACUUCUGCUAUAUCCCCAGAUCUCCAGCAACAAGUUCCCAUCACGCAGCUUUUCGAGAGCAAGCUUACAAACGGCGCAUAAGACACUCGUCCGUCUGCUACGUCGCCUCGGUUGAUGCUGCGAAACGGCUUCCUCCCAGCAACGCGAUGCCCUCUCACAGCUUGCAAUGCGCUUCCGAUCGAUCGCAACGCAGUCAUGCCUGGAGGGAGCCGCAGAGGUAGCACGGCGCACCGCAUUGCUUCCCUUCUGUCUCGGAAGAUGUCGAAUGCGGUGCCAGCGUGUUGUGGCAGCUUCGCAUCCGCACACCCAGCUACACAUGCACGAGGCGUGGCCACCCGAGCCCCGCUAUACUUCAAUCCGACUCGACCGGACUUUUUGCCUACGAACCGCAACGGCAGGACCAAUGCAAGACAAGCUGACGACAGAACUAGCGCCUCCGCGAGCAACACUGUCGCGACUGUCAAAACGGGUCGGUCCUGGCUCUCCUCCACCCCCCCGCCAAAUCUGGUCCUCAGCCGCUUCAGCCCUUCUCAGCCCCCUCUGCCCGAAGACGGCCCGCUAUGGACGCCUAGAGGGGUCAAAUCACAUCGUGCCAUUCAUCAGAUGCUCGAAUCUCGUGACGGGGACUGGUACAAAGCAGCUUGGAACGUGUGGAACGAUUUGCCAGUAGAACAGCGCAUCUUGCCUGCUCCGCUGUUUACCCGACUCUUCUGGGCUUGCUCGCGCACACAUCCCGGGGCAAGACCGCGUUUAUCUUCAGACAGGCCUCAAAGCAUUGCGAGCGGCUGCUCUGACCAUGUGCGCGAGGAAGCGGCUGAUUUACGUGAAGCGCUUGCUCAUCUGAAGCGACUAGAUGCGCUGGCUAGAUACGGCAAGGAAGCUCACCGACGACUGCACAUCACCGAGCUGCACGCGCUCUUGCACGCACAUCUGCUUCCCCGCCAGCUUCUCAGUGCCACCUUGGAUGAUACAGAGCGGCACGAAUUUCGCAAGCUCGACUCGCCCAGGAUUAUCAACCUGCUCGCGCAGCAUCCUCACUUUGUGCUAGACUGCGAACUUCAUCGCGAGGCAUUGAUGGGGCUAAUAUGGUCACACGGCUGGGACGAUGACAUUGCAAAAUUGGUCCGACGAUUGACGCUCCAAGGUUGGCGCGAUACCAGAAAGAGCUUUCAUAGGGCGCUGAUGCAUGUCAUCAUGCACAGCCCCGCUGUUAAGGACAAGUUGAGCGCGCAAGAGGAAGCCAUCAGCAUUGCCAUGCGGAUGGGACCAGUGGCCUUGCCGCCCAGCGAUAUCGUAGCGAGCGUCUUUCAACAAUGGUCCACGCCCGAGCUGCGGGCGUUCCGCAAUCUAGAAGCGAGCAAAAGCUCGAGGGUAUGCGCGUUCGAUCCAGCCCACCACGAAGCGCUGCGCCCCCAUGCAAUGCUGGAGCUGCUUGUGCGGGAGGACGCCGUAUCAGACGUGUCGAGGCAAGCGGAGCGAAUGCUCCACCAACGUCUCGGCAGCAUACCAUUAGGUCUGCCGCAGGAGUUGGACUACUCAGGGUAUUCUCAAGAAGUCAGUCGAAAUGCCAGCGUAAGCUUGGAGGAUAGCGCGUCGGAGUCAGAUCAUGCAAAGGACACAACGUCUUUGGCCGGACCCCCGAGCUCCAGCAAAUUCUGGCGUGCCGACUUUAGCUCGCUAGGAAGCGACAGCGACCUCGCCCUCCCCUCCUUCGUGGGUUGGGAUCCACACGUCAAAUUGGGAUACGCCAUCUCUCGCGCACAUGCCCUGCGUGCCCUUGAGGCGUGCAAACGCGCACGAGACGCCAGACCGGCACUGCUUGCAGCGGUCGAGCUCUUUACACGACUGCCUCGCUCGAGCUCUGUGCACGCAGCGCGGGCGCUUGAUGCGCUUCUAGGCGCAUUCGACGCCUUGAUCAGCUCAGCGGAGCAAGUCCCAUCGGAAGUCCUCUGCGAGGUCAGGAGGCCCGACAACACUACACGAGGCGCUAUCGCCGAGGUUGCUCACAAGUUCGUCGCCGUCGACCCUCAACUGAGGUACUUGCCAUUAGAACAGCAUCUGCGCCUCCUCCAGCACCUUGUUGUGUGCGCGCACACUUCCCUUGCAAGCACAUUUUGGUCGCCCUUAAACGCCAAGACCUUGGAGGGCACGAGGGAUUCUCUGACGGCGCAAAGUGCUUCGAGCGCAUUGCCUGAAUCUCACGCGCGAGACCUGCUCGCCAUGGCAUUGUGGCGGUUGCCUUCUCCCAAAGGCGGCUACGAACUGACCCCCAGGUGGAGUGAGACAGCCCCACACAUUGAGCUGGCCCUGGAGGUGUUUCGCGUGCACGGCGCCAAGCUUGCGCUACCCACAAUUUUGAUCGUACGUCUGGUGCGAGAACUUUUGACGUCUCCCAAGACGGGCGCACAGGCCAUAGAGGUGUUGGAGCAUCUUUCAGAUCUUUCGAUCCCGCUGAACCCCGGUCUAGCGAGAGGGAUUGUUCAGGCAUUCGCAGAAGCAGGAGAUAUGUGGGCUGACCAAGCUCUAAGCAUCGCCGAGGCCUUCUGGAAAGCUUUUCUUGAGAAACAGUCUCACCGGGAUCCCGCGCUCGCUCUGAGCAUGCUGGCUUAUGCGAUCGACGCUGGUGGUCGCUCGUUCGUGGGGUGGUCACCGACGCGGCGCAAGCGCGUGCUUGGUCUCUUUACCAUUUUUCGCCAGCAACUGGAGAUUUCCAUCAAGAAUUCCAAUCGACAAGGCAGUCUGGCUCCCGAGAAUCUGCGCCUAGACGCGUAUCCGCAGCUCCUCGACUUCGGGUACUUCCACGUCGACAAGUCUGGUCGAAUCGAGUCUCUGAUAGAGCAGCUCAUGAAAAGAGGAGCACUUCAAAGCUACCCGAUCAGCCGGUCUAUGAUUCGGCUGGCCUACAAUGGCGCAGCGCGGGCCGUGCUAGCGGAGCCAGCAUACGAGCUCGGACUUGCUGGCGUGCAACUCGAACCUCUGCCUGAUGACUUUUUGUCUCCGCCUCUCACACCGGGAAAACCGUCUCGCGGCGCUUCGCACAAGAUCCCCGACUCGGUCGAUCCCACUUUUUCCAAAAUCCUCUCCGAGCUCGAGGAUGACCUUGGGGUGCAGCUCGACUCUCGAGCCUGGGGCUUGCUCAUCGUCGCUUGGCUGUUGCCGUAUCAAAAGCCGAAGCAAGCGGGACGCUCUCGUUCGCGACCGCCCUCGUGGCCGGAAAUGGGUCUAGAGGAGGCAGACGUGUUCGACUUUGCCCGGAACGACUUUUUGGACGAAGCGUUGGCCCUAUUUGACGCUGCCAAGGAUGCUCGGUAUGAGAGGGGCGGUAUGCUCAACCUGCCGCUCAACGCCGCGACCACGCCAUCAGCCGAAGCCGCGCCGGUUCUGCUAAAAAGUGGCCACGUGGGACGGCUCAUCGUAGCUCUGGCUCGGGCUGAGCGUUUCGAAGACGCUUGGCGGGUUUAUGAUGACUUUUACGCACAUUACGCUCCGCCCGUUUGGAAGGGCAAGCGCCGGGUUACGCAACGAAGUGAAAGCACAUACGGCUGGACCUACGGAGUAGAUGGCGCUCGGGCCUACCUCAUGGCAAGAUCUGGUGAAAGGAUUGCUUCCAUCUCUGGAUUGAUGAGGCUCCCUUCGCAUCGCAUCGGGGCGAGAUGGCGACAGGAAAUACACGCAGCUCAAGCCCUGGCAGAGCGGAGAGGUAUCCGCUUUGUCAGAAAGCAGAAAGCAGAGUCCUAGCGGCAGCAGCAAUCCUCGCAGCGUGUUCGCGCAGCUUUCACAGCAUGUCACCGUCGAUUUCGUCUUAUACAUUACACUCAAGACUGAUCCGCCUUUCUCACUAAUGUGAAUGUACUUGUUCGGAGAUGCCCACAUCCGGGAAGCCUUUGUCGGUCCAGAUCCCUUCCUAUCGCCGAGCGAUCUUUGUUCGGAAGCACAAGUGCGUUCGACUUAGAUUAGUUCUCGGCAAGGCCGAGUCCCUUGACGCUGACUAAGAGGUGCUUCGAGCAAGGGCG